AUGGAUAGUCAGCAACAGGGCAAGAGAAAAAAGGUCCAGCUGGACCCCAAUACGAAGUUCGCAAAUAUCGAGGAUAUCCGACGCGCGCAAAUCGAGGGUGGCGAAGCAGAGGAUUGUCCAGCUGAAUCUAGCGAGUCUGAAUUACCCAGCGAAGCAGAAAGUUGCAUCUGGGUAGGCGGUAAGGAUGAGGAAUAA